AUGCUCUCGCGCCCUGCCAUCCGCGCCACCUCGCUCGCCCGCGCCGCCGCCUCUCGCCCCUCCUCCUCCUCCUCGUCGUCGACCUCGCCCCGCUCGAUCGCGACCAGGGCCCGACUGCCGCGCAACCCGCACUCGCCCAACUGGGGCCUCGUCGGUGCCGCUGCUGCAGCGACAGGCCUCGCAGCCGCAGCCUACCACCUCAAGCCAGAGUGGCUCCCGACCCCGGCGCCCCUGCACGCCGAUGCGCCUCCUCCUGUCGGCGUCCACCUCGAUCCGACCACCAAGACGCCCUUCCCGACCCGCCUCACCUCGCCCGACGGCACCCAGCUCCGCCUCGUCGGCACCGGCGUCCGCACCGUCUCGUUCCUCGCCGUAAAGGUCUACGCCGUCGCCUUCUACGUCAGCGAGCGCGAGCUCGACCUCGCACGCCAGGGCAAGCUCGCCGGCUGGAACGCCUACACGCCCGAGCGCCUCAUCCCGCCCUUCAAGGUCUCGGCCGUCGACGCCACUGCGCCAAACCGCCUCGUCGGCGAGGAGCUCGUCGAGACGCUCCUCGAAAAGGCAGAUGCCGCCGUCGUUAUCAUCCCGCUCCGCAACACGUCCCUCCCUCACCUUCGCGACGGCUUCUCUCGCGCGCUCGUCGCCCGCAUGAAGGUGCCUCGAGUCUCGAACGAGUUCACCGACACGAUGAACGAGGCAACAGGCGCCGCCAUGGUCGACUUCAAGAGCUUCUUCCCCUCGAGGACGGUGCAGAAGGGCAUGCCGCUCGAGCUGUACUACAGCGCGAAGGACCGCUCGGUCACGUUUCAGCUUCGAGACGAGAACACGCACCGCCCCGAGGUCCUCGGCACCCUGCGCGAGCCGACCCUCGCGACCCAGCUCAUGGCGUCCUACUUCUCGAACGACAACGCGCCCUCGCCCGAGCUCGUCAAGAGCGUCGCGAUGGGCAUGGAUCCGGCGAGCGACAGGGUGCAGCAGCAGCCGCAGCAGUAG